UAAGAUGUUUACAAGAGUUAGCAAGACAGCUUUAGUACAGAAAAUCAUAAGACCAGCUAUGAGAGCACAAGGAAUGUUACCGGUGAUGCAAAGGUCAUUUACAGGUAUUGUUGAUACAAUGGGGCUGCUCGAGGCAUUUGGAAAAGAAUUUGACUUUGAAAGGGACAAUUAUGAAGCUGUCGCGGAAAAAGCAGAUUUUUUGAGAACUAAAGGAUUUGCCUUUCAUGAAACAAGUGAUGGAGUGACUAUGAUCCUUUCAAAGAAAAUUGAAGAUAAGACAUUUGAAAUUAGUUUUAAAAGCAGGCAGCCAGGGCAUGAAAGUGAGGGAUACUCGUUAAGUGAUGAUGAUGACAUUAAUGAAGCAAGCUAUACUGAUUUUACAGUAUACAUCACCAAGGAAAACAAAGGAAUAAUCUAUGAAUGUACAUGUUUAAACACAGAAGUCUCAAUCUCUCAGGUUAUUUUCAACAACAAUAUCGAAAAUUUCAAGAAAAUUCCAGUGACUCAAAGAGAAGAAGCAGUGUAUCUUGGGCCUGACUUUGUAUCAAUGCCAGAGGAUAUCCAGAAGAGCUUGAGCAACUUCCUCAUAGACUCUGGACUUGACCAAGAAACAGUAGCUUUCGUUGAAGUGAUGUCCCUUGAUAAGGAGCAAAGACUCUACAUGAAAUGGCUUAGAGAUGUAGAAACCUUUGUAAAGGGCUCAGAGAUCUUCUAAAUUUGUGGUUCAAUUAUUAGUUAUAACUCAG